AUGGGCUGGGCUGAGUCCAAUAAGAGGCCCAAGGACGUAAAACAGCCUGGCAAGGGUAUUUGGAAAGAUGGUGUCCAUGAGCUUGGUGAUAAAGACGAAGAAGUAGAACGUAAGCUAUUUGGCACAGUAGAUGAUAACCAAGUUCAGCACACCGGAAUCAAUUUCGAAAAGUAUGACGAUAUUCCUGUUGAAACCACUGGUUCUAAUGUUCCUGAAGGAAUCAUUGAGUUUACACAUCCUCCACUUGAUAAGCUCCUGAUUGAUAACAUCCGCUUGGCUCGCUAUACCGUGCCUACACCUGUGCAAAAGCAUUCCAUUCCUAUUGUCGCUGCUGGCCGUGAUCUCAUGGCCUCUGCUCAAACAGGUUCUGGAAAAACUGCCGGCUUUCUCUUCCCUAUCCUGUCUUCCAUGUUUCUACACGGUCCUCUUUCUGAACCAGAUAAUUCAGAAGUGAAACAAGGCUAUCGAAGUUAUAGAAAAGCAUAUCCACAAGCACUUAUUUUAGCUCCUACAAGAGAACUGGCUAGUCAAAUAUAUACUGAAGCCAAAAAGUUCUGCUACAGAUCCUACGUACGUCCUUGUGUGGCCUAUGGCGGCGCCGAUAUUCAGCAGCAGCUUCGUUUAAUUGACAGAGGGUGUCAUCUGUUGGUUGCUACACCUGGACGAUUGGCUGACAUCCUAGAACGUCGUCGCCUUUCAUUUCAAAAUAUUCAAUAUCUGGUGUUGGAUGAAGCCGAUCGUAUGCUUGAUAUGGGUUUCGAGCCACAAAUCCGUCGUAUUGUUGAAAGAGAAGAUAUGCCACCUCCUGGUAAACGACAAACCCUGCUCUUUUCUGCAACAUUCCCUGAAAAUAUACAGGUAAUGGCACGCGAUUUUCUAAAGGACAGUGUAUUCCUAAAGGUAGGUGUCGUGGGAGCAACUACAGAAAAUAUUACACAAACAGUCGUGCUCUUAACAGACGAAGAAAAACGGUCUCGACUGCUGCAAGUAUUGAAAGAGCACAACAGAAAUAAGACAGAAUUGACCCUGGUCUUUACUGAAACGAAGCGCAUGGCUGAUACCGUCUACGAGUUCCUUUUAGAUAACCAGUAUGCAGCCACGGUUAUUCACGGCGAUCGUGUUCAAAGUGAACGUGAGGCGGCAUUAGAGUCCUUUAGGACUGGAAGAACACCCAUCAUGGUUGCAACGGCUGUUGCUGCUCGAGGUCUGGAUAUUCCUAAUGUGAUGCAUGUAAUAUCCUUUGACUUACCAAAUAACAUUGAUGAUUACGUUCAUCGUAUCGGUCGUACAGGGCGUGCUGGGAACACAGGACAUGCCACGUCUUUUUUUACACGCCAAAACCGUUUCCUUGCAGGUCAUUUGAUCAAGUUACUCGAAGGUGCAAAUCAGGAAGUUCCCAGCUGGUUAGAGGACAUGCGUGUGGAUGAAUCUGACAUGUAUUCAAACAGGUCACAAGAGAACGCUAAUACAAGACGUAAAUGGUAG